AUGACAGCCUCAGUAUUAGCCUCUAAACUCUUGAUCGUGAUUGGCAUCACGGGCAGGCAGGGAUCUUCAGUCGCGAAUGCCUUCCUCGAGCUUCCCGACUGGCGUAUUCGUGGAGUCAGCCGCGAUACAUCUUCCCCCGCCGCCCAGUAUUGGAUUUCGAAAGGCGUCGAAAUUGUCAAAGGGGAUCUCAAUGACGUGAAUUCGCUUGAGAAUGCCUUCCGAGGUGCCACUGCGAUUUUUGGAGUUACCGACUUUUAUUCCCAAGCCGCUAACCCUGCCAGUAUCGCCGGGGCGCAGGAAGCCGGGAUCACCAUUAACGAAUAUGCUCGCAAUAUCGAGACCAACCUGGCCAUGAAUAUUGCCAUAGCUGCCAGCUCUCCUGCUGUUUCCGCCACACUCACGCAUUUCGUCUUCAGCAGCCUGAGCGAUACCAAGCGAUGGUCUCGCAGCAAGUACACUUGGAACUUCCACUUCGACGGAAAGGCAGACGCAGUCAAUCGUAUCAAAGCCGAGAUGCCUGACCUGGCGGCCAAAUUGAGCAUCGUCCAGGUGGGAGCAUACACAAGCAACUGGAAGUGGGGCCUGGGCCAGCCUCAGAGGCUGGCAGAUGGAUCAUUCGUCGUGCAAAUUCCGGAUGCGGGUGAAAUCAAGAUCCCCUGGAUUUUCGCGGAACGCGACACCGGUGUUUAUUUUUGGACUCUCUGGGCGGAUACACAAAAUGUCAAACUCGAUAUCCCAGAGUCCAGUGUAGAGGAACUCGUCAAAACCCUUCCGGACUUUCUCAAGAGACAGUUCCAAGAAUCAAUGAUGUAUGUUCUGGAAUUCGGCUACACUGGUGGCGACCCUGAUGUACAUUACACUCUACAGGAUUUGUCACCCGGAGCCAAGACGACUACUCUGAAGGAGUAUAUGGAAGUUGAGGACUGGCCGAGUCUUGUAUAG